CGAACAGUUGGGGAGGCAAAAAAAAACAAAACAAGACAAUUACUACUACUCACUCACUCUCAAACACAGAGUAAUUAGUUUCCUGCUGCGGGUCGGCGGCUGCCCGGUAUGGAGGAUGAGGAGGGAGGAAGCACCGCCCCGGGAAGCGGCGGCAAUGGCGGCGUGCGCAGGGCGGAGACGUUGCUCCGCCUCAUCCCGGUGGCACUCUGCGUGGUGGCGCUCCUCAUUAUGCUCAAGAACUCACAAAACAGCGACGACUUGGGUUCCAUCUCCUACUCCGACCUCGGACCCUUUAAGUAUGUAAGUAAACGGUGCAGUUUUAAAAUAUUGUGCAGGUAUUUGGUACAUGCAAAUGGGAUAUGUGCAGGGUAUUCACUUCUAACAGCGGUGGUUGCGGCCAUGCCAAGGCCAACCACUCUGCCUCGCGCCUGGACCUUCUUCCUCCUAGAUCAGAUGUUGACGUACAUAAUAUUGGGUGCUGGAGCAUUGGCAACAGAGGUGGUAUACCUAUCCUACAAGGGGAACAACGCCACCGCGUGGGGUGAGAGUUGCGGCUCGUUUAGCGGGUUUUGCCGCAAGGCCACCGCAUCGGUGGCCAUCACCUUCAUCGUCAGCCUCUGUUACGCCGGGAUUUCCCUCAUUUCCUCCUACAGACUCUUCACCAAGUACGAUCCCCCACUUGCCUUUGCCUCCGCCUCCACCUACACCACUACUACCAACAAUAACAACAACAAGGGCGUAGAAUUUUCGACUAUCUGAUGGAUGGAUCUUAUAUAUGAAUAAAAUGAAGGCCCGCCGCUAGCUUAGCUUUGAUCUCAUCACCAUCCCGAUCCACAUCAUUCACGUGUGAGGCUUAGCUAAUUAAAGUACAGCAACUAUAUACUAUGUGUAAUAAUAGUAUGUUCGGAUCGAGUUAGACAUCAGAUUGUAUGCUGUGGGUGUUCGUUUGAAAUGGUACAAAAAAAAAUGUAUUUGAUGGAAGUUGCCUUCAAGAUGUGUUAAUCAAAUUAUUACUCGGUAUGUCCUCACAUGAAAUCAUUACAUUUGACUUCUCAUGUUUACACGUGUGAUACUUUGAUCAUUAAUAAGUAUGGAGUAUAUAG